AUGGCGGUUCUUGGAUUUCACGUAGUGAUAUGUUUAAUAGCGAUCACAUUAAUAUCGAAACUAGUUAGUCGCGCAUCAUUCGUCAGCUUUUUUAUUACAAACGGGCUUUAUCGCGUUUUGGCACCGUCGAAUCAUGAGCUGAAAGCGCUUAUGCCGCAAUCAAAAGAGAAAUUGAAUCAGAGGAAUCGGAGGAAGAAGAGGGAUGAAGAAGAAGCUGAGGGAUUCAAUGUGCCGAAAUCCACUCCGAUUCAACUUCAUCGAGCACCGGUCGACGUUCGCGAUCUCGUCCAAUUUGAGCUUUACACAUCGCUUCAUUGGAUUUGCCUUUGUGUUCCGAUUUGUUUCAUUGUUUAUGCGAUCUCUGAAACCUAUAAUUACAUUUCUCCUCAAAACACGGAUUUCAAUGUGACAAUUAUUCUCCUAUUGGUUUUCGUCGGAUUCAUUUUGCAGAUUCUGAUGAGCCUUUCAUCAUACCUCGUACUAAAUGUUGAUGAACGCGGAUUCAUGCUAUCAAUCGGCGCCCUCUAUUUCCUAUUCUCAUUCAUUUUUGCGAUGAGCGCCCAACGUGUAUUCGAUAUUCAAAUGUUGGAAGCCUACGACACUCUUGGCAAAAAUAUUGCGGAGUUUGUGAAAUCGGCGGACAUUCUUGGCAACGGAAGCACGUCAAUCGCCGACUAUCGGCCCGACAAUCCGCUAUUCUUGUACAUUUCGCUGUCGGUGUUCUUCUCGAUGCUAUCGGCGAUGUUUUUGUUUCCCAACUUUCGUUGUGCCAUCAUGUACCUGAAAGCCAUCGAGAAUGAGGGUCCGACUUAUCGAACGCUUUCUCAUGUGACAUUCCUGAUUCCCGCCGUUGUUCUCGCGUUGUUCUUGAAGCCUGUCACCCAUCAGAUCGUUGACGGACCACGAAAAUUUUUGACCUACAGUCAAUUAAACAUUCUCCGAAUAUAUUUGGUGAUUGUUUGGCUUAUGUUCAAGUUCUUCACGAGAAUUCCGCAUUUGCAGGCGCACUUGAAUUUGUCGUAUGACAAAGUGAUGGACUUGCAGAAGGAAUCGGGAAAGGUCAAAAACUAUGCCUUACAAUCAAUGAUUCUCCGUUAUUAUCGCUACAUUUGCUGCGCGGCGAUUCAGUACUUUGGUCCCGCGCUUCUCGCAGUUUUCUUCGCAUUGAUCCUUAAAACGACAGGAGGAUUGUCGUGGCUUGGUGAGCCGGUGACGAUCGACACUGGUCUCAACGUCGUCGGACCGAUUCGAUAUGUGUUCGACGUCGUCGUGUGCCGCGCGUUCUUCUCGUUCCUCCUCGUCGUCACGUUGCUCAUCAAUUUCAGUCUUCAACUGAUGGGUGUUGUCUAUCACUCGUAUUUUGUUAAAUCUUCAUAA